AUGGUUUCAAAAGCACCGCUAGAAGCGCCAUUGAAAUCAUCUUUACUAACAAUCGAAAAAACACAAUGCCCAAAAGACCUUGUUCCUUUAGAUAACCUGGGUUUCGGCAAGACGUUUACCGACCAUAUGAUUGUCUGUGAUUGGGAAAAAUCCAAAGGCUGGAGCUCUCCUCGAAUCAUCCCGCAUCAGCCGUUUUCUCUUGAUCCCUCGUCUCUUGUUUUUCACUAUGGGUUUGAGUGUUUUGAAGGAAUGAAAGCGUACAAAGACAGCCAAGGCAGAAUCCUCCUUUUCCGCCCCGAAAUGAAUAUGCGGCGUCUUAACCUAUCUGCCGCACGCAUUGCCCUUCCCACCUUUGAUGAAACCGCACUUCUUGAAUGCAUCUCCAAACUCCUCAUUCUCGACUCUCGAUGGAUUCCCUCCAAAAAAGGGUAUUCCCUCUACAUCCGCCCUGCCAUUAUUGCCACGGAAAACACGCUUCAGCUGCGUCCCUCUCUUUCUGCAUCGCUUUUUGUGAUUGCCUCGCCCGUGGGUUCCUUCUACAACUCCAAAUCGGCUCCUAUUUCCCUCUACGCCACUUCCGAUUGCGUAAGAGCAUGGCCUGGUGGACUUGGCGACAUCAAAGUCGGUGGAAACUAUGCUUCUGGCAUCCGUCCUCAGCUCGAAGCCUAUCAAAAAGGCUAUGACCAGAUUCUCUGGCUUUUCGGCGCUCAAAGAUAUGUUACCGAAGCCGGCUCUAUGAAUUGCUUUGUCUGCUGGACCACUCCUCAUGGCCAAAAACAACUUAUCACCGCUCCUCUCGAUGGAACCAUUCUUCCCGGCGUCAUCCGCGACUCUGUCCUCACUCUUGCCCGCGAGCGCCUUGCUCCCCGUGGAUGGAACGUCCUUGAAACCCUAUUCACCCUCGACGAUCUUAUCCUUGCUGCUUCUCAACAUCGUUUGCUCGAGGUCUUUGGUACCGGUACUGCUGCUGUUAUCUCGUCGGUCCGCAAGAUUGGAUAUAAUGGAGGCGAAAUCACACUGCCUGCUGAGAGCUGGCAGGCCGGCUCAGUCGCUCUGACAAUGCACGAAUGGAUAACAGAGAUCCAGUAUGGAUCAGUCAAUCAUCCCUGGACAUAUAUUGUUGACCCAGCAGAUACAGAGACAAACACAUCAACUACACUAGAAACGGCCAUACCAAAGCCGUAA